AUGGGAUCAAAACAUAGUAAAGAUAAGUAAAAAUAAAAAGAAAUUGACUCUUUGGUUCAAUUACAUUUUAAAGAUGAAGAAAUUAUCUAAGCUAAACUAGUGUAUGAAAGUUUAUUAAACGAUAAGAAGAAUUUGGAUUUAGAAUUAUUUUCAAAGCUUUUUGAAAAUGAUUUAGAAUUUGGCGUAAAGCUAUAUAAAUACAUAAUGAAAAAUAAAAAGACUUUCACUUUUACAGAUUAUCUUCUUUUAAUUUAGGCAUUUUCAAAAGAUGCAAGCUCAAAAAUACCUAUUCAUCUAUUUAAGGCUAAUAAUCUAACUAAAUUGUAGAUAUUUUCAUUGAUUUUGUUGGAGUAGCAUGAACAUCAUGAUAUUAACAAAAUUAUGUUAAGCUAAUAAGAUGUAGAAAAUAUACUUUAUCACUUAAUUAUGAUUUAUGAUAUUGACAAUCUUUAAUUGAUUAUGGACUCUUUGAAAAAUAGAGUUAGUCCUUGUUUUGACGAAUCAAAUGAGUAGUUUUUGGCAUAUGAUAAUAAAAGAAUAAAUCUGAGAGAAGCUACUGCACUUAUUACUAGAAUUUUUUCUUCUAUAAACUAAAUUAUUUAAAUUUACUUCUAAAACAAAUUGCUUCACAAACAGAUUUACAUUUAAGUUCCUAAUAUGAAUGUAUAAUCUAUAAUUAUGACUGAUGAUUUCAUAUGCUUACUCUAUAUGAACAAUUUAUAUUAUCAAGCUUCUCAUAACUUAACUCUAUUGCAUUAAUCUUCAAUGGAUGGAAUGAGUUUGCAAACUAUUAUUAAUAAUCUUUUGGGUUAUGAUUCGUAAACAAUACUCGUUGCUAGAAGUAAUUUAGGAGUUUUUGGUAUAUUUAACAACUAACCUUGGCUAAGUUAAAAAGAAGCUUAAGGGGACGACAACUGCUUUAUUUUUUCUUUUUAGCCAACAUUUAAGAUUUUCACUGCUAACAAUUAAUCUAAAAAUAAAAACUAUGUUUAUAUGAAUUCUAAAUCUAUCAAAGAUUAUGAUAAAUACUAAGCAGGGAUAGGUUACGGUAUGAGUAAAGAUGGCCUAAAGUACAGGUUAUGGCUCGAUUAACUUAUUCACAGCUAGUCUUACAUAAUGUUUUCUGAUGAUAUUUAUGAGCCAGGAUGGAUUUUAGAGCCUAAAGAAUAUACAAAAAGAGAUCAAAAAGUGUAUUUAAAUAUUGAUGCUAUAGAAAUAUGGGGUUUAGGAAGUGAAGAAAAUUUUUAGAACCAGAUUUAAAGAAAAAUAAGAAAUAAUAAUCAUUCAAUGAGAGCCAGAAUAAUUAAUAAGAAAAUCAUGUUUUCUCUUCUUUCAGAUUUCGAUAAGCAAAUCUUUUUUAGUUCUACAUUUUCACAUAUCAAUCAAGUUAGAGAGGAUAUCUGUUGUGCAGCAGAUAUGGUAGAAGAAUAGCACAGACUGGAUAGAGAAUAAAGGAAUAAUGUAUAACCUUUGAGAGUAAAUGAAGAAAGUUGA